AUGCAGAAUCAGAAGAGGAGCAAAGGGAAAGAGGAUUUUGGAGCCGCCGCCGCCGCCGCUCCCGCAGCUUCCCUUGCCGCUCUGCCCCCGCCGCGGGAGGCGGCUUCCCGGCCGGAGCCGCCGCCGAGGCCGCCGAGGGAGACGGUGCGCCUGGAGCUGGUGCUCAAGGAUCCGACCGACGAGAGCUGCGUGGAGUUCAGUUACCCGGAGCUGCUGCUGUGCGGAGAACAACGGAAGAAGCCCAUUCACACAGAAGACCCAUUUAAUGAUGAGCAUAAAGAGAGGCAAGAAGUGGAAAUGUUGGCUAAGAAGUUUGAAAUGAAAUAUGGUGGGAAACCCCGUAAACACCGGAAGGAUCGGCUACAAGAUUUAAUUGAUAUAGGCUUUGGCUAUGAUGAGACAGAUCCAUUUAUUGAUAACUCAGAGGCUUAUGAUGAAUUAGUUCCUGCUUCUCUAACAACAAAAUAUGGAGGAUUUUAUAUCAACACUGGCACUCUACAGUUUCGCCAAGCUUCAGAUACUGAAGAAGAAGAUAUUACAGAUGACCAAAAGCACAAACCAUCCAAAAUUCCUAAAAUAAAAGAAGACGGCAUUGAGAUAAAGAAGCGGAAGCGGAAAGAGGAAGGAGAAAAGGAUAAGAAGCCAAGGAAAAAAGUACCCAAACAACUGGGAGUUGUAGCUCUGAAUUCACACAAGUCUGAAAAAAAGAAGAAACGUUACAAAGAUUCUCUUUCUCUAGCUGCCAUGAUACGAAAAUUUCAGAAAGAGAAGGAUGCAUUAGAGAAGGAGUCUAACCCUAAAGUCUCAGUGAACUUAAUGAGCGCCUCUUUGAAUAAACCCCCCUCCGCUGCUGUAACAUUGGGAAAUGAUGUCUCAGACUUAAACAUGAACAGUGCUGAUCCGGACCUUCCCAUUUUUGUUAGCACAAAUGAACAUGAACUGUUUCAGGAAGCUGAAAGUGCCCUAAAGAUACUAGAUGAUAUUGAUUUUGACAGAUUAUUGGAUGCUACUUCUGAUGGUAGCCCCCUCUCUGAGUCAGGGGGAGAGAAUGGAAACACCACCCAGCCAACCUACGCCUCUCAGGUUAUGCCCAAGGUGGUACCUAUUCUCCCAGAGGGUUUACCUGUCCUUCUUGAAAAACGUAUUGAAGACCUCCGUGUAGCUGCCAAACUUUUUGAUGAAGAAGGAAGGAAAAAAUUCUUUACACAGGAUAUGAAUAAUAUUCUUCUGGACAUUGAGUUACAGCUGCAGGAACUAGGCCCCGUCAUUCGCAGUGGUGUCUACGCCCAUCUUGAAGCGUUUGUGCCAUGCAAUAAAGAAACACUGGUAAAGCGUCUAAAGAAGCUACAUCUUAACGUCCAGGAUGAUCGUUUAAGAGAACCUCUGCAAAAACUGAAACUGGCUGUUAGCAAUGUCAUGCCUCAACAGCUAUUUAAAUACCAGGAGGACUGCCAGGCUCGUAGUCAAGCUAAGUGUGCCAAGUUGCAAACAGAUGAAGAACGAGAAAAAAAUGGAUCCGAGGAAGAUGAUGAUGAGAAACCAGGGAAACGUGUCAUAGGACCAAGAAAGAAAUUCCACUGGGAUGACACCAUUAGAACUUUGUUAUGUAACCUUGUUGAGAUCAAAUUGGGAUGCUAUGAGUUAGAGCCAAAUAAAAGCCAGUCUGCUGAGGAUUAUCUUAAAUCCUUUAUGGAGACAGAGGUGAAACCAUUGUGGCCUAAGGGCUGGAUGCAGGCAAGAAUGCUUUUUAAGGAAAGUCGGAGUGUACAUAAUCAUCUUACUUCUGCCCCGGCAAAGAAAAAGGUGAUUCCUGCACCUAAACCCAAAGUAAAGCUUUUUUACUGUAGUACCUUAGAAGGUGAUGGUAAAGACCCUUCCUCUCCAUUCUUUCCCACUAUGGUUAAGGAGUGUAGUCCAAAAAAGGACCAGAAAACUCCUGCAUCCUUGGUGGCUUCAAUUGGUGGUCCUUCAAGUUCUGUCACAUCUGCCAUGGCCUCCACCAGCUCUAGCUCUACUCCAGCCCAGGAGACGAUCUGCCUUGAUGACUCACUAGAUGAAGACCUUUCUUUCCACCCACCUGCACUGGAUCUUGUUUCUGAAGCUUUAGCUGUUAUCAACAAUGGGAACAAGUGCCCUCCAGCUGGCUCAAGGAUAAGCAUGCCAACUGCAAAACCUCGUCCAGGACUGAGAGAAGAAAAAUUAGCAAGUAUAAUGAGUAAGCUGCCACUGGCUACUCCCAAAAAACUAGAUUCUGCUCAGACUGCACAUUCAUCUAGUCUUAUUGCUGGUCACACCGGGCCAGUACCAAAGAAACCCCAGGAUUUAGCUCAUACUGGCAUCUCUUCAGGCCUUAUUGCUGGUUCUUCAAUUCAGAACCCUAAAGUUUCCUUAGAACCUUUGCCAGCCAGGCUACUUCAACAAGGACUACAGAGGUCAAGCCAGAUUCAUGCUUCUUCCUCUUCACAGACCCAUGUCUCCUCUUCCUCCCAAGCCCAAGUUGCUGCCUCCUCUCACGCUCUGGGAACAUCAGAGGCCCAAGAUGCUUCUUCGUUAACACAAGUAACAAAGGUGCACCAGCAUUCAGCUGUCCAACAAAAUUAUGUGUCUCCACUGCAAGCAACCAUUAGUAAAUCACAGAGCAACCCAGUGGUGAAAUUAAGUAAUAGUCCCCAGCUUUCCUGUUCAUCCCCACUUGUUAAGACUUCAGAUAAGUCACUUAUGUACCGCCUCCCCUUACCUACUCCCUCACCUGGAAAUGGUUCUCAAGGGUCCCACUCCCUGGUUUCUAGGACUGUACCUAGCACCACUACCUCCAGUAACUACUUAGCUAAGGCUAUGGUGUCACAAAUCUCCACGCAGGGUUUCAAAUCUCCCUUCUCAAUGGCUGCAUCCCCAAAACUUGCCGCAUCUCCGAAACCUGCCACAUCCCCUAAACCUUUGCCCUCACCUAAGCCUUCUGCCUCACCCAAGCCCUCUCUGUCAGCUAAGCCUUCAGUAUCAACUAAACUUAUUUCUAAAUCCAACCCAACUCCCAAGCCUACUGUAUCCUCAAGUUCUUCCAGUCCAAGUGCACUAGUAGCCCAGAGUAGCCACUCCAGCAGUAACAACCCAGUCCAUAAACAACCCAGUGGAAUAAAUAUCAGCAGACAGUCUCCCACCUUGAAUUUAUUGCCCUCUAAUCGCACUUCAGGCCUUCCGUCUACAAAAAAUCUUCAGGCCUCAUCAAAGCUACCAAACUCAUCAUCCACUGGAACUGUUGGGAAGAAUAGCUUGAGUGGAAUUGCAGUGAAUGCACCUGCCAGCAGAGGUAGCAACCUUAACUCAAGCGGAGCUAAUAGGACUAGUCUAUCUGGGGGAACAGGAGGUGGAACACAGGGUGCUACUAAACCGUUGUCUACUCCACAUAGACCAUCCUCUGCCUCAGGGUCUUCAGUGGUAACAGCCAGUGUGCAGUCCACAGCAGGAGCAUCAUUAUUGGCUAAUGCCUCACCUCUGACUCUCAUGACAUCACCUUUGUCUGUAACAAAUCAAAAUGUGACUCCUUUUGGGAUGCUGGGUGGCCUUGUUCCAGUGACCAUGCCCUUCCAGUUUCCCUUGGAGCUACUUGGCUUUGGAACGGACACAGCUGGAGUGACAACCACCUCGGGAUCUACCUCAGCAGCUCUCCACCAUAGCUUAACUCAGAAUUUACUAAAGGGUUUACAGCCAGGAGCUCAGCAUGCAGCAACACUUUCCCACUCACCUCUGCCUACACAUUUACAGCAAACAUUUAAUGAUGGAGGCCAAAGUAAAGGGGACACUAAAUUGCCACGGAAAUCUCAGUGACUUCCCAACAAGCAAAGGAGAUGAGACACUCAGCUGGCUGAUGGAAUCUACCUGAUGGGAAAGUACUCAUGUGGUCAUAGGGCUGCUGUUCUGUCGAUGUUUACAUUCUCUCGUCCCAAGCACUGUGGUGAGGAGGAAAAAGGAAAGAAAACAUUACUUGAUGUAAAGCCAGGUGCAGGAGGAAGAAAUGCUUUCUUGCAAAGUUAGUGACCUUUGGUCUCUUCUAAAGAAAGACAAAGUUACCAUAUUAACUGAAUUAAAAGAGACUCAGUUGUCAAACCCACAGAAGUACAAAUUUGUUUUUUCCCCCUGAGGGAGGAAGAAGAAAAAUUUGAGGAUUUGGGUAAACUCCAUCCAUCCUGGGGGUUGGAUCUGAACAUGUAUAGUCAUAAAUGCAUAAUAAAAGGCAAUACAUCUGGAA